AUGGAAGAUGUGGUUGUCGAGCAGUAUGGCUUUGCCACAGCCUUUGCCGAAGCCUUCGGCAGGGCUGUUGGUAGGCAGGUUCCGCCCUCUGUUGUCCACGACGAGGUGGAUAGCGAUGAGAUUACUGAGCUCCCCCUUGAUCCAGCAAAGCCCGUCACUGAGACUGUCUAUGAAAAACGGGCGGCGAUUUGGAAUGCCCUAGACGCUCUUGUGCAGGCCCUUCCCAGCAGACACUUCAUGUACCUUGCUGGUGAUUUCAACACCGAUUUGCUUCAGGAGCAUCCUUAUGUUGGAGUGACACACACCCACAAGGGCAAAGAACGUGCGGUUGCCCAAGAUCAGCACAUUUUUCAAAAUCUCCUUCGGACACAUGGCUUGCGAGCACUCAAUUCGUGGGACAAUCAAAGUACUUAUGUUGACCCGCAUGGUCCUGCCUCUAGGGUGGACUUUGUCCUUGCGAGAACCAUGCAGGCCACGGGUUGUCCCGUCACCGUUCAGCCACAGAUCCAUUUUGCAUCCUGGCGCUCCGGAGCCAGGCAUAUGCCUCUUUUGGGUAUGAUUGACUUGAAGGCCUGGUGUCGCUUCCGGGAUCGUACUCCAGCCAAGCUUGCCAUUGAUCAGGAUGCUUUGUGCCGGGCCUGUCGCCCCGGCCCUGAGCUUGAGAUACUUCGCCAGGCCUUUGCUGCCAAGCAACACCUUUUUACAGCUGAUUUGCUACCCUCCCAAGCGGAGGCUGAGCUUCGCAACAUCUGUGUCAAGGCUUUUCCUUUGCAGCGAAAUCGAACCAUUGCUGUGCAGUGGCAAAACCCGGAGGUUGGUCAGGAUUUGUCUCUCACUUGGCAACUGCGUCGCAGCCUCAAGCAGCAAGCCGCCUUUUGGCCGCGACGCGAACAUUGGCAAGCACAGCUUUCGGAGGCGGAGCAAGCAAGCAAAGCUGGCAACCCGCUGAAAUUCUUUCAAGUUGUGCAGAGGCUGGCACCCAAGCGAGCACAUGCACGAGUUCAGAUCCGUGAUCCCAAGGGUCAGAUCCUCACUCCAGCCUUGGAAGACAAAGCCCUUGCAGACUACUGGCAAGGCCCUUGCCUCUCCUCUGUCUUGCUAUCUGAAUGCCGUGCUGAGAAAAAUCUGGCAGCCUGGUCCGCUUCACAUUCCAUCUGUUUGGGCAAGGAUUUGCGCCCAAUUGCCCUCCAAUCGGCGGCGGCAAAGGCAGUCCUGACAGUCUUUAAGCAACGCUUGCAGCCCAGCUUCUUGGAGGCUAUGCGCACCCUCCCACAGUAUGCCUACGUGAUGGGAAGGUCCACUCACGAGGCUAUCUCGCGGGUAGCGGCACAUUGCAAGGAAGUCCGUGACUUGCUCAGGUCUCAAAGCUUGACGGUUUUCGAUCGAUUUGAAGGUGCACGUUACACCCCGUGUAUUGGUGGGGCCCAACUUUGGCUCGAUCUGUCGAAAGCUUUCGACCUUUUGCCCCGAAGGACCUUGCAGCUUUUGCUACGAGACACAGACCUUUCUCUUGAAGAACAGCAGGUUCUACUUGAAUGGCAUCAGGCCGGCAAGUAUAGGAUACAUAGCAAGGGCAACGAGCAUCCGGUCUUUGUUCGGCUUGAAUGUGGGGUUAGGCAGGGAUGCGUGUUGUCUCCUUUCUUGUGGGGGUUGUUCACCAAGCACAUCCAAAAACGCCUUGAUGAGGCCAACGGCCCAGGAUGGACUGCCCGGCGUGGCACUCUCUUUGCGGAUGAUAUGCAUUUUAAAUGGGUUUUCCGCACAGAGGCUGAAUUGCAUAGCAUCCGUCUUGAGGUUCUCAACAUCUUUCGCAUACUGCGUGAGCUUGGCAUGCAGGCCAACCCCGACAAAAGUACCUUUAUCAUAGGUGCCAGAGGACAGCAAGCGCGAAAGUGGGUGAAACGCUGGGUCCGCAAGGACUCCGACGGUCGCAAGCAAUUCCAUUUUGGAGGUGCCAAACAAGAUAGAGUCCCAGUGGCCAGUCAGCUUACCUAUCUUGGAGUUGUUCUCUCUUAUCGGAAUUUCGAGUUGGCGACUGCUAACCAUAGGAUAGGGGUAGCCGCAGGCCAUCGUGAUCGGCUCCGCCGAAUUUUGCAUGCCAGACGUGUGCUCAGUGUGGGGCAUCGCCUCCGAUUGUGGCGCAUUAUGGUGCAGACGUCGCAGUUAUAUGCUGUUGAAGCUGUUGGCCUGACCGCUGAGACGGCCAAGCUCCUUCACAUCCAGACUAUGCGGCAUAUGCGAGCGAUUAUUGGCUCUGCCAGGCACGUGGAUGGGGAUUCGGAUCAGCUUUUCAUGCUUAAGCAUUGCAUUCCUGAUUGUGUAGAGCUGGUUAAGACAAAGUGUGACGCUUUUUGCCAACGAUUGGCACGAACUGAGCUUGAGAUCCCAUGCUUUGGUGCCGAGGGCAUUUUGCAAUGGGCACAGUUUGUGCGGGACUCACUGCCGCCACCCUACAUUGCCAAGCCUCGGUCUCAGCCGACUCCUGCAUCUUCGGCCUCUGUACCCACCCCCGUCCCUGAGGAUUCAGCACCCAGUGCUCACCCCAAGCCUGUACCAUUGCCUCCGCUGUCUAGUGAGCGUGAUGUUGCUGGUGCAGUUGUUGCUUCUGCACCCUCUGCUCCUACACUGGCCCCGUCCUCGGGGCCACCAGCACCCUCUAAGCCCGCGAACGGCUUCUCUUGCGCGAUCUGUGAUCAGGUCUUCUCCAACCUACACGAUCUCAAGACACAUGAGGGCAAGGCCCACAAGAAGGUCCGGGAUAAAAUUGCCCAAGUUCAGCACACUGAGCAUGGCUACAACGGCUUUCCCAGAUGCAGGCACUGUGGUGACAAAUUCUCCAAAUGGAGUGCGCUUACCAGGCAUGUUACCAGGCAGGGCUGCCCUGCCCUUGAACGUGGUGAGCCGGAAGCAUAUGCAAAGUCGCAGGCUGAGGCUAUGGUGACACCCCACGUGCAAAGGCCACACAUUAUGCAAGCCAUACGUGAAAAUGGCUGGGAAUCGCUCUUGACCAAUGCUGAUCUGUGUGUCGACCUCAAGCAACGGUGUGCCUUGUGCUAUCAAUGGGAUCCAGUGCUUCAAGAGAAGCAGCUGUGGGGGCAUCUUCUGCCCUCUCUGGAGGAGGCGGUUCAGGAUUGGCCAAUGAAUCACGACGACAGCAAAGGGGACAAGCCAUCGGAGGCAAAGUCGAAGGACCUGAACAAGCGCCGUCGAACAAACGACAAUCCAAGCUUCAGUUCGGACAAGCAAGAUCGCAAGGGCAAAGGCAAGGGCAAGGGCAAGACCAAAUCCUCGAAGGAUGCAAGCAAGAUGGAACUGAAGGAGGCGGUUCAGCUUAUGGCGGCCAUGACUCUGCAGCUAGUGGAUCAGGCGAGCAGGGUUCAGCUGGACACCAGCUUUCUACUUACCAUGAAGAACGAGCCGGGUCCGGAAAACCUGUUACCCAUCAUGUACAAGGUGUGGAAAGCCUGGAAAACCAUGCAAGAACAGGAGCCAAGCAAGCUGGACAAACCUCUUCGUUGCAGUAUGAUGAUCUCCAUGCUUCUGGAAAUCAAGGCCAGAGCCAAAAAGCUACUGGACGACUCCGAGCAGCAGGAACGCAUGAAGGCUCUCGAGUGGAUCGACUCCGAGGGUCGAUGGGUUUAUCGCAAAUGGUCUCCAACUCAGGAGGCUCUGUACCUCGAUCAGUCCAGGAAGCCGAUUCCUCAAACAGCAUUCAUCGAGCAGCUGGAUCAGGCCAUGACUUUGCUGGUACGUCCGGAAAACAUGCCGAGAUUUCAGUCGAGGGAACUGGCACCGGAGAUGAAGGGCUACGCGGUGACCUUUCAUGUGGACAUCGGGCUCCGCUCGGAAGCAGAGCCUCUGUGGCAGAUUUUCAACACAUGGGUGGACCUCCAGGCCUGGGUGUUGGGGGCGGUGAGAAUUCGGCCCCAUCGGCUGAAGCGACCGCCCGCGGCCGAUCGUCUAUCGGUCUGGCUUGGCAAUCACUGA